AUUGAUUUACUAGGAGACACUGUGAGCAGACACACUGAUGCGGAUUGCACCAGCUCACACAUUUACAUAUUACUUUGACAUGCUGUACACGUCUAUUUGACUAAGAAGAGAGAAGACUAAACAUUGAUAUUGACACAAUUAGAACAAAUAAGUACACAUGGUUCCCCUUUAUCUUCUCAUCCUUGUCUUUGUCCAUGGACCACCAGGUUGCAACAGCCUGUGGACGGUGACAAAAAGUACUGCAAAGAGUGGCGGAGCCAUCACGAUCCCCUGCCACUACCACCGCAUGUUCAGAGACCAUGUCAAAUACUGGUGUAAGGGCAGAACCUGGGCCUUAUGUAGAGUGAUGGCAAGCACCGACCCACGGCGGAGCAAAGGAGGCAUGUCAAUCACAGACAUCCCAGAGGAGCUGGUCUUCACUGUGACCAUGAAGAACCUACAGGAGACUGACACCAACAGGUACUGGUGUGCUCUGAAAGUGGGUGCGAUAGGCAAGCCGGAUGUCAAGGUUUCCGUGGACCUCACAGUCACCCAAGGCUCUCCUGAUCUGUCAGUGGUUGAUGAGCUGGUAUCUGUUGAGGAGGGGGGCAGUGUCAGUGUACAGUGUCUCUACAGUGACCCACUCAGAGGCAAAGAGAAGAAGUGGUGCAGGAGUGGGGACCGGCAUUCCUGUCAGACACAGACAGAUACUAGCCAGAAUGCAUCUGUUGUGAUCAUUGAUGGCAAGAGGGGAGUGUUCAAUGUGACAAUGAAAGAACUAGAGAAGAAAGAUGCUGGCUGGUAUUGGUGCUCUGUUGGAGACCUACAGGCUGCAGUUCAUAUCAAUGUCACUCAGAGAUCCACAGCACACAGGAACACUGCAGAAGCAGUGACUACUCCAACGCUGCCCAUGUUACACUCCGCUUUCUCGACAUUCAGAGACUCCACAGCUACCUCUGCCCCAAAGACAAACCCUUCCGCCACAGUAGACUCUGCUCUGACAACAUCCUCAUAUGGCUCUGCAACUCCAUAUCCAUCCGUCUCAGUUCCAUACAUCACAAUCCAUUCUUCCACACUGACUUCUUCACUAUCAACAGCACAACCUACAUGCUGUCCUUCUACCGAAUCUACAUCUUCUAACAAGAAAAUCAGAAACCUGCCCUGGCAUGCUCCUAUUCUCAUUGUGUUGGCCAUGGUGUUGAUGGUUAUUGUUGUUAUGGCUGCAGUUAACAUCUAUAGAUCUUCCACGAAUAAUAUCAGACUUGUGGAAGGAGAGAUGACUGAGCUGGUGAUAAAUCAAGAUCAAUGAUAUCAAUUAAAAGAGCCUAAAAAUACAUUUGGAUCAUAAACAUUACUGUAAGUUUGCUUUAAUAUCAACCGAAAUAAUCACAUGUACAGUACAUGUAUUGUAGUAAUAACAUACAAUUAGACAGAACAGAGAAAAAAUGCAUGAAACAUUAAACCAUUUCAAUAGAUUAUUCUGUUGUGGCUGCAAACCAUUCAAAUGAAUUGUCAUCAUAAGAGCUCACAUACACACAAAUAGAUAUCAUGUGUAAUUAACUAACGUUCCCAAACAAAUCAAUAACUGAAUUAAAAGUUCAGGAAAAAGCAAUGUGACCACACAUUAUUGUACAAUUAGCAUUCAUCUUUAGGUAAGGUUUGUAUCUUUAUAACAGAACUGAAAGAGCUAUAAACAUUUCAAAAACCUGACAUACUGGAGACUGAGAUGAUCGAAUGGAUCCUAAGACAGACUGCAUCCCUAGGUGAGGGGGAUUAAAACGAUUAAAAUGACACACAUUGUCAUGUUCCGUUAAUUUUGUACAUUAAAUGAAGAAUAAAUACAAAUGCAGAGACGUUGAUUUACCUGUUUCCUGUUUUCCUUAGAGUUGACAUAGUGUGUUAAAUAAAGUAUAAUCUAAUCAUACAUGGUCAUUUUCAUAAGAUAUUUGGACUCAACGAUUUAAGUGAUAAAAAUACAUAGCACUUACUUUGGUAGUCUCUCAUCACCAGAGCUGCUGGGAUGUUGCAUGCCAAAAAAUACCAGGCCAACAGCACCUUUCAGCAGAAUAUCCAGAUCUCUCCCAGUCCCAACUAAAAAAAAAAAUCAAAAUUAGCUUAUCUGUUACAGUAUAUCUACACUAAUGAAUAAAAAAAAGCAAUAGUUUCACCACCACCUUGAGUUAUCAUCCUCCGUUGCUCUCAGAGUCAAGACCAAAGGGAAAGUAAUCAGAUUCAUGGUUGGAGGAGAUAUUGCUGUGAGGGGAAGGACAUUUGAAUCAUUGAUUUGUGUAGCAAGCAUCACAUGCAGAGCACUUGUAAAUGAAAUAUAAACAAGUAUGAUUAUUAUUGUUAUUAUAAUUAUAAUUAUUCCCUUGUUUCAAUAAAUGUCUCUUGAAAAUGAAAGAUGUACAAGGUA